CUCCCUCAUUAAAUACAUCUUGCAUGCAGGUUACUAGCUAACCACUGACAACUGACAUGAGAUUGACAGUGAAGGGUUACUACAGAUGUGAGGACCAUGCUUCAAAGCAGUAGUGAUAGAAAGGAGCAGAUCUACGCAGCGUUCUUUUAAAGCACCUAACUUAAUCUUCAUGUCAUGGCACUCUUUUACAGAAUUGGUUCAUCUUUCUGGCAAUGUGUGUUAAACUGUUGCACAAUUUACUGUUCCUAUCAUUGGCCAUAGAAGAAGGACAUUUUCUAGUUCUGUAUGCCAGACACUUCCGUGGAUCAUGUGCAGAUGGUCACUAACUGCUGCUUCUGAGAAGCAGCGCACAGGUUUGCAAAAGCUGCUUCUUCUCCAAAGCUGCCAGCCGGGUGCCAGAUCUGCCACCCCUGGCACUUCUUCCCUGCAGUACUGCUUAAAUGUGUCAGCUUAGAUGAAGAUGAAGAAGCAGAACGUGCGGACCCUGUCCCUAAUCCUCUGCAUGUUUUCCUACUUGCUGGUGGGGGCAGCUGUUUUUGAAGCGCUGGAGUCGGAAUUUGAGAGCACACGCAAGCGGCUGCUGGAGCAGAAGCGCAAUGAACUGAAGAAAAAGUACCGUUUCUCUGACGAGGACUACCGGGAGAUUGAAAGGGUGGUGCUGCAGUCUGAGCCCCACCGGGCAGGAAGGCAGUGGAAAUUUGCUGGGUCCUUCUACUUUGCUAUAACCGUGAUAACUACCAUAGGGUAUGGUCAUGCUGCCCCAGGCACAGAUGCUGGGAAGGUGUUUUGCAUGUUUUAUGCAGUGCUGGGCAUUCCUCUCACACUAGUCAUGUUCCAAAGCCUGGGAGAACGCAUGAACACAUUUGUCAGGUUCCUCCUGAAAAAAAUUAAAAAAUGCCUGGGCUUAAAAAAUAUAGAGGUUUCCAUGGAAAAUAUGGUCCUAGUUGGAUUUUUGACUUGUAUUGGGACCCUUUGCAUAGGAGCUGCAGCCUUUUCGCAUUUUGAAGGCUGGACAUUUUUUCACGCAUAUUACUACUCGUUUAUUACUCUUACUACUAUCGGUUUUGGAGACUAUGUAGCCUUACAGAAAAAUGAAGCUCUUCAAAAAAAGCCCCCAUAUGUCGCAUUUAGCUUCAUGUACAUUUUGGUAGGAUUAACAGUAAUUGGGGCUUUCCUAAACUUAGUGGUCCUCAGAUUUUUGACCAUGAACUCUGAAGAUGAGCGAAGAGAUGCUGAAGAAAGAGCAUCUCUGAAGAGGGAGAGGAAUACUAUUACUCUAAAUGUCGAAGAUGACAGAAAAAGCAGAAGCACCAUAUUCCUACAAAUGGAGGAGGGGACUAGUCAGAUGAAUCUCAUUCCUUUAAUUCCAGAGCAUAAAGAUGCCCAGAGAAAGCAGUCACUAAAGCAGAGCAACAGAGGAGGAUCCUUCUGCUCCUGCAUGUGUUACAGAUCCCAACUUUGUGACAGCCCAACUGAAUCUCACCAUGAAACUCUGAGCUGUCAUACAAACCCAAUUUGUUAUAACUCAAUUUCUUAUAAAAUUGAUGAACUUUCACUGAGUACUCGAGACAAUACAGGCUUCUCUUCCCCUGGAAGUAACUUAUCACCUUGUCACCACAAUUGUAGGGGACAUAUCAGAUUCCGACGAAAGUCUGUUUGAAAUGAUGCUUGGCUCUUGAAUUAGAUAUGCUUCACCAAAUGCAUUAUAUCUUGAUAAUAAAAAGCUGACAAGAUGACAUCAACAUCAGGAAUGUUUAAGAUAUGCAUAUUGUUUCUCACACUGCAUAUAUGCAUUGACCAAGGGUUUCAGGUGACUACAACAUGAUUUUCUUUGAUGCUAUGACCAAACAUGGCUACUAUAACAACCAUGCAAAUUUUAGAAUGAGCAAGACUAUAGGAGGUUAAGAAAAUAUUUUAAUAAAUGUAUGGUCACUUCUAAUGUGCAUACCUCUCAAGUGUUCAGAUUUUCAUAGAAUAUCCAGAUUUUUGCCUCAUAUUUGUGCUCUGUUCCUCAUAAAAUGUCUGGUUUUCUUGCAAAUCACUAAGGAUCGAAGUAAUUAAAUAAUGAGGUACAUUUGAGUUUUAUGCUUCAUAUCCUAUGAGUUUUAUGCUUCAUACCCUACAGAAAAUGCAGGCUAACACAAAUCAUGUGAUUCUAGCUUUCUAAGUUUAUAAAAACAAUAGUUAAAGUGUGCCCCUAUUUCUGGGCCUUUGUCCUCCUAUUACUUUAGACUCUGUCCACAUUUAUUGCGCUAAGAGGUUGAGAAGUGUGAUAAUGUGACAGAACCUCAAGAUAAACUUGCAGUUUUUUUCCUUUCUAUCUAGUUAACUGAGUCAUGCCAGAUAAUUUUAAUAUAUUAAGGAGGCUGCAAAAUUCAUUUGCACUUUGGCCUGAAAAUAUUUUUUUUUGCAAUCUAUGGCAUUGUGCUUUUAUGAACAGAACAUUUAUAACUCAAAUUAUGUGGCAUGAUGACAAAUGUCUGAGCAUGAACCUAAAAUUUAGUAGCCAUAUAUUUCAGAUGUUAUCACACAGGCAGCACAAAUUGAACAGCAUUUCAACUGAAUAAAGCAAAAUGAGUUCAGACUUAGGAUCCUGAAGGGAGGAAGAAAUGCAUGCACUUAUUAUGAUUAACCUAACAUUACUUGUAUAAUUUAUGUCAUUUUCUGUUUAUAAAGUUUGUUUACUUUAAUCAGAGAUUAAUUAUUUGCUAAACUUGCCCUGCGGAAGAAAAUUAGCACUAUACAAAUAUACUAUGGAACCCCUGUGUCACUGGUACCAGAAGGUUACAUAUCAUAUUCCUUGCACAGUUUAUCUCUUCCUGACUUCAGGGUACAAAUGUAUUCAAGUUUAUUAGUUCAGGUAAACUAACAUGUUUCAUUAUUGCUCUGUGUAACAGGCCUAGCUACCCUCAUGCAUAGGAAAUCCUGACUUUUGCCAUAAAAAAGAGAUGUAACAUAAAAACUGCAUUGUUUUCUGAACACUUGAAAAUUAAUAAAAUGGCAAAGCUGGAGAUAAAAUGCAAUUUCAUCCAUGUACAACCAUUUUGAUCCACCCAGUUUUCUGUGUGGCAAGAAAGAUUGGAAUCAAAAUAAAUGCAAAAGCAAUAGUUACUAAAGAGUAGAGGAAGACAGAAAGCUGCAUGUAUGCUUAACAGUCUGGUGUGACAUUAAAUUAUGGCAACUGAGCGAUUCCUGAUAGAUCUCUGGUGAAAACUUACUUAAAAAAAGAUUUUAACAGUACUGCAGCCUUUAAAGUACUAUAAAUAGUUAGGGCAAAUGCCAUUAGAAUUCCAAAAGAUUUGUACUUCAUUAUUUUAUAUUAAUAGACUCUAGUUCAUCCUGAAUUAUACAGGAUUUACCUACUGCUGGUAUAAUUAGGCUUGUAAGGGCCUCGGGGCCAAUUGCCUAGUAACUUCCUAUGAUCCUAUGAGAUAACAGCCCAGUCGAGUAGAUAUGAGGAGAGAGAAAAUCCUGGAUCUGCUAUAGUCUAUCUGGAAUAAAUAGAAUUAUGCAAUGGAAUUAUCUAAGAAAGAACACUCAUACUGCUCUUUAAACAAUGCCGUUAUAUAAUAGCACUGUUAUAUUCUAAACCAUUUUCUUGGAUUUCCUUUAUCACAGAAAUCCAGCAUGUCUUUGUAAUGAUGCACGGUACAUUAGUACAUUGUAUGCAUGCAGCCUGCAUAAUAUUUAAAUGGUGCUUUUUUGUUUGUUUGUUUUUUGCAUCUCGUCCAUUUUCUUAAUGGCCAGGAAUAUAAGCUGUAUGGUACUGGCAUUUUACAGUCUGGUGGUAGUGGAACAUUCUCUGUAUAUUACAGUUCUACACACUUGCUACUACUCUGUUAUGGUAGCAGAAUCAAAGUAAAUCUCUUGCAUCUUGGUGCAGGGUUGAGCAGAUCCUUUUGCUGUGGAAAAUGAGGCAACUCAUUUUAGUUCUUCAGGCUGUAUUAUAGUCAUUCACACUGUGUUAUUCUAAUCUCAUAUCAGCCGUGAUAGCUUGCUGAACAUCAGUACUUAGAAAGAUUAAGAAAAUCUGUUGCAAACUUAGAAUUUCUAAGUUCUAAUUAAUGUUGAUGUUUUGGAAUGAGCCUAAUUAUGUGAACUGUUUUCUACCAGUAAUAUACAAUUCCUUCUUCCUAUAACUGCAUAAAAUUAAUAAACACAGAGACCAGAGCA